GAAAUGUAGCAAGUUGAGGAAGAAAGAGCUCGAGUAGGACUGGAGUCUGGCUGAUGUAGAGGCUUUGGAUACUCUUCCUGACUGUAAAUCUUAAGUAGAACAACCAAUGGCCUUGUGGAGACCUUCCCCAGCCUGUACCAUUCAUGUAUCUGGUGCAACCUCUACAGUCAGUCACCGACACUUGCCCUGGGUUGAUAAACAGAGACUGGGCCUUUGGAUCUUGGCAAUUCUAACAGUUCCCAUCCACUUCAUAGAAGCUAAUGGUUAUAAACCAUUCUGGGGCCUAGAAAAUGAGGCUCUGAUUGUGAGAUGUCCAAAAAGAAGAGCACACCUUUCCCCUGUAGAAUGGUAUUACUCAAAAACAAAUGAGAUUAUUCCCACCCAGAAAAAAAAUCGUGUGUUUGCCUCAGGGGAACAUCUUAAGUUUCUCCCAGCCAGCGUGGAUGAUUCUGGAAUUUACACUUGCAUCAUCAGAAGUCCCACCUUGAAUAAGACUGGCUUUGCAAAUGUCACCAUAUAUAAAAAACAACCAGAUUGCAAAAUUCCAGAUUAUUUAAUGUAUUCAACAGUAUCUGGAUCAGCAAAAAAUUCCAGAAUUUCUUGUCCUACAAUUGACCUCUACAAUUGGACAGCACCUCUGGAGUGGUUUAAGAAUUGUGAAGCUCUCCAGGGAUCAAGGUAUAGGACACACAAGUCAUUUUUGCUCAUCAACAAUGUAAGGAGUGAUGACGAAGGUGAUUACACCUGUAAAUUUAUACACACUGAAAAUGGAGUCAGUUACAGUGUGACAGCGACCAGAUCCUUCACGGUUACACAUACACAAGGCUUUUCUAUGUUUCCCAUAAUUAUAGCCCCUCCAUACAAUGAAACACAGGAAGUGGAAAUCGGAAAAACAGCAAACAUAACUUGCUCUGCUUGCUUUGGAAAAGGCUCUCAGAUAUUGGCUGCCGUCCUGUGGCAGAUUAACAAAACCAAAGUGAGAGACUUUGGUGAAGCAAGAAUUCAAGAGGAGGAAGGCCAAAAUGAAAGUUUUAGCAAUGAGCUGAUAUGUCUGAGCACAGUUUUAAGAAUAACUGAUGUGAAGAAAGAGGAUUUGUCCUUGGAGUACAACUGUCUGGCCCUGAACCUGCAUGGAAUGAUAAGGAAUACCAUAAGACUGAGAAGGAAAAAGCCAAUUGAUCAUCAACACAUCUACUAUGUAGUUGCAGGAUGUAGUAUCUCGUUAAUGAUAAUCAAUAUCUUGGUGAUAAUUCUGAAAUCAUUCUGGAUUGAGGUCAUUCUGCUCUGGAGAGAUGUAGCUAGACCUUACAAAACUAGGAAUGAUGGAAAACUCUAUGAUGCUUAUGUUAUAUAUCCACGGAACUACAGAAGCAAUUCAGAAGAGGCCGGUUCUGUGGAGUACUUUGUUCAUCAGAUUCUGCCUGAUGUUCUUGAAAAUCAAUGUGGAUAUAAAUUAUGCAUUUAUGGAAGAGAUCUGCUACCUGGAGAAGAUGCAGCCACGGCAGUGGAAACCAACCUGAGAAAAAGCAGGCGACACGUGUUUAUCCUGGCUCCUCACAUCACACACAGCAAAGAGUUUUCCUACGAGCAGGAGAUUGCCCUGCACAGCGCCCUCAUCCGGAAUGACUCCAAGGUGAUUCUAAUAGAAAUGGAGGCUCCGGGAGAGACAGGUGGACUGCAGGUGGAUGACCUUCAAGAUUCCCUCAAGCACCUUGUGAAAGUGCAGGGCACCAUCAAAUGGAGGGAAGAUCACGUGGCCAAUAAACGGUCUCUGAAUUCCAGGUUCUGGAAGCACGUGAGGUACCAAAUGCCCAUCCCAAGCAAACUCCCCAGCAAGACUUGCACAACAGGGACCAGCGCUUCUGUUGACGCAUGCACACGUCUGAGUUCGCAGCUCUCCUGACUUCUGGGGUGGGUGCUGGGAUUUGCCUCUGCACCUGUUCUGAAGUGGGAAUAGAAGGAAUGUCCAGGGUAGUCAGCCCUCGGGCUCCAUCUGUAACUUUACUUCUGUUUUCCUAAUUCUAGGUGGAUACAACUGCCCAGAAAAAAAGUUUACCAGCCCUCCCCCAUUUUGUUUUGUUCUGUUAUAGUGUAGGAUUUUUUUUUCCCCUCCACAAUGCUUUUGAUCCUCUGUUUUGUUCUUUUUCUCAUUCCUCAUGGGUAAUUUACAUUUUGAACUUCGAACUGGAAGUUUUAGAGUUAAAUUUUGGUGUCAUCUCAAAGAACACUCUGAGAACUGGGUACAGUGGCAAGCACCUAUAAUCUCAGGGACUCGGGAGGCUGAGGUAGGAGGGUUGCAAGUUUGAGGCCAGGCUGGGGAACUUAGCAAG